UGUUACUAAGUCUGGUAACCCACUACAAUUGGACCAGCCUCGGAUCGAUUUUAGAUGAGGUAGGAUGGUGUAAUUCUGUGACAUCUGAAGAAUUCCUAGCCCCACAGUUGCGGGUGGAAAGAGAAGGAAUGGGAAAGUCUGCAUUAUGGCUGGGUCGGGUCCUUCUAGUUCUUUUUAGACACUUGAGUAAUUUAAUCAUAAAUGGCCGGGCAUUGGGAACAGGACACUCACUAAUAAAAGCAUGGCCUGGAGUUAUGUUUGAAAAAAAUUUCAAGUUCCUCAGUGGGUGGAUCUAUCUGCAAAACAAAAGAAAGGCCCCUUUCCCAGCCCAGGCAGAGAAGUCUCCUGUACAGUUAGAGACAACAGGCUUCCGGGCACGUAGCCAAGGUUCUGGGGAUAUUUAUAACUUGAAGAGGGUGGGAGUCCCUAAUAAGCUGCUAUAUUCUUUUUCCAUCACUUCCCUCUCCAAGGCUACAGCGAACUCGGAGCUCUUCCCCACGCAGAAUGCCUGCUUUCCUUAGUGCUGGACUUCCAUUGUCUAAUUUCCUCAUACUGGCUGGGGAAAGGGAAAGCUGCGAGUCCUCCCGUUCCGAGGAACUCCAGCUGAAUGCAGUUUAGUUGCUGGUGGUUUCUUGGCCAACCUCUGUGGUCUCAGGGAUCUGCCUAUGCGCCUGCGGUUUCUUUGAGCUGCCUGCGAGUCUGAGGCCUCGGGAAUCUGAGUCUUUAGGAUCAGCCUACGACAUCUGGGUUUCGCCUGCAAGUCUACAGAUUCGAGAUCUGCCUGCGGGUCUGAGACCACCGGGACCUGCCAGUGCUAAAAUCUUUCUGAACGCCAGGUCUGAGAGAACGCUGCGGCUCUGGGAUCCGUUAGCGGUCUCAGGUUUUGGAGACGACGAUCUAGUGGAUCUUUUGCGCGACAGGAGCGCUGUCUGCUAGCUGCUUUUCCUGCUCUCUCUCCCUGGAGGCGAACCCUUGUGCUGGAGAUGGCAGCCACCCUGCUCAUGGCUGGGUCCCAGGCACCUGUGACAUUUGAAGAUAUGGCCAUGUAUCUCACCCGGGAGGAAUGGAGACCUCUGGACCCUGCGCAAAGGGACCUUUACAGGGAUGUUAUGCAGGAGAAUUACGGAAAUGUUGUCUCACUAGAUUUUGAGAUCAGGAGUGAGAAUGAGGUAAAUCCCAAGCAAGAGAUUAGUGAAGAUGUACAAUUUGGGACAUCUGAAAGACCUGCUGAGAACGCUGAGGAAAAUCCUGAAAGUGAAGAGGGCUUUGAAAGCGGAGAUAGGUCAGAAAGACAAUGGGGAGAUUUAACAGCAGAAGAGUGGGUAAGCUAUCCUCUCCAACAAGUCACCGAUCUGCUUGUCCACAAAGAAGUCCACACAGGUAUCCGCUAUCAUAUAUGUUCUCAUUGUGGAAAGGCCUUCAGUCAGAUCUCAGACCUUAAUCGACAUCAGAAGACCCACACUGGAGACAGACCCUAUAAAUGUUAUGAAUGUGGAAAGGGCUUCAGUCGCAGCUCACACCUUAUUCAGCAUCAAAGAACACAUACUGGGGAGAGGCCUUAUGACUGUAACGAGUGUGGGAAAAGUUUUGGAAGAAGUUCUCACCUGAUUCAGCAUCAGACAAUCCACACUGGAGAGAAGCCUCACAAAUGCAAUGAGUGUGGAAAAAGUUUCUGCCGUCUCUCUCACCUAAUCCAACACCAAAGGACCCACAGUGGGGAGAAACCCUAUGAGUGUGAGGAGUGUGGGAAAAGCUUCAGCAGGAGCUCUCACCUAGCUCAGCACCAGAGGACCCACACGGGUGAGAAACCUUAUGAGUGUAACGAAUGUGGCCGAGGCUUCAGUGAGAGAUCCGAUCUCAUCAAACACUAUCGAGUCCACACGGGGGAGAGGCCCUACAAGUGUGAUGAGUGUGGGAAGAAUUUCAGUCAGAACUCCGACCUUGUGCGUCAUCGCAGAGCCCACACGGGAGAGAAGCCGUACCACUGUAAUGAAUGUGGGGAGAAUUUCAGCCGCAUCUCACACUUGGUUCAGCACCAGAGAACUCACACUGGAGAGAAGCCAUAUGAAUGCAACGCUUGUGGGAAAAGCUUCAGCCGGAGCUCUCAUCUCAUCACACACCAGAAAAUUCACACUGGAGAGAAGCCUUAUGAGUGUAAUGAGUGUUGGCGAAGCUUUGGUGAAAGGUCAGAUCUAAUUAAGCAUCAGAGAACCCACACAGGGGAGAAGCCCUAUGAGUGUGUGCAGUGUGGAAAAGGUUUCACCCAGAGCUCCAACCUUAUCACACAUCAAAGAGUUCACACAGGAGAGAAGCCUUAUGAAUGUACUGAAUGUGAGAAGAGUUUCAGCAGGAGCUCAGCUCUUAUUAAACAUAAGAGAGUUCAUACAGACUAAGUCCUGUAAUUAUGAUGGCUGAGAAAUGAUUCAUUUGAAGAUACAAUUUUAUCUGAUAUCAAUGAAUGCCCUCAAGACUGAGCUGCUUUUAUCAUACUCUUGUAGUAGUUGUGGGCCACAAUUUAAACCAUCAGAGAUGACAAGCCAUUUGAAAUUCUGACCCUCAGCUUUGGGAAUGUUAUCUCCUCCAAAAUGGUGAUUUUUAUUCACUCAAUGGGUUACUUCAUUAAAAUCAGCCCCACAAGUAACUGGAAAAUGGAAGACCAGGGGACAAAUGCUGGUGAACGCCCAGGCUUGGAAAUGGAGUAAAUCUUUCAAUGUUAUUUUCUCCCAUCCUUGGCCCAAGGAACUAUGCUAAGUGAAAUGUGGGACUGUAAUAGGGUGGUCAUGGCUGCUUUGGAAAAAGGCAACUAGAGACUCUGCCUGAAUUGCCACACCUAUUCACACACCAUAGUAGUUGGGCACACACAUCUUCCCCUCCAAAGGGCUUUUUCCUUGAGUUGCUCAUGCAUUUGUAUCUUUUCCAUCUUCCUGAGGGCAAGAUUUUGCACGAUGAAGGCAAUGAUUGUAACUUUUCUCCUCACUGUUUCUAAUUAGCUCAUUUAAAACUUGCAUCUUUGUGAAAGCUAACUGAAGAUACAGUUGGAAAGGAAAAACAAGACACAGGUUUGGGGACCAAGAACCCAUCAAUGAUGGUGACUUUAGCAGAAGAUGCCCACAGUUAUUACUGCCAUUAAUCAGAUUUAUGAAUUUUCUUUGGGGAUCACUAUAGGGAACAUUGCAGGGAAAAUAUCUUCAAGGAAAGAUAGGACCAUCAGUGACAGUUAAGUUUAAGGAGCAAGUGGAAUUGACUCCUUCAGGGAAGGAAUCACAGAGUCCCUUCCCAAGGAAUGUAGGUCGUUUCUGUGUUUUUCCCUCUCUAAUCUUUAAGAUUUGAUAAGGGCCACAUCCCAUUGUUUAUCUUAGCUUGCAUCAGGGCAUGUGUAUGUACAGUAAUGUGUAUUCCUGUGGUUUUUCUAACAGCAGAAACUGAAUUUACAGAGACUUAGCAUGUUCUUGGGUGAUGUGAGUCAUGUGACAGAAGUAUAAACAUAACUCCAAUGUGAGAAAUGUCCUUUUUUCAUUAUGAAAAAAAUUUAAACACUAGUGCUUUAGUGUGCACUCUCCUGUAAGGUCUGUCUUUGUUCAGAGCUAAGCACUUGUUUGUAUGUGUUUGUCAAUUGUGGAAGAUAAUGACCAGACAAAUAGGUCGAUUGUCCUAUUCUCAGAAUGAAUUAUCUUCUAUGGCAAUGAAGAACUCUUUGGCUUAGAAGGAAUUAACAAACCUCGGUAGGAAUGUAUUUCCAUCCUCCCACCCUACAGAUAUAAGUGGUUAAAAUAACAGUUCCCCCAAUUUAAACCCAGUAGUGUCCGUUUUCCUAAUCUCAGUCCAGGUAGGAAUUAAGAAAUAUCUCAAAUGUUGAUGCUUAUCCAAGCAUGUUGGGGUGAAAGGGAAUUGGUGCCCAGAAAAUGGGACUGGAGUGAGGAAUAUCUUUUCUUUUGAGAGUACCCCCCGUUUAUUUCUACUGUGCUUUAUUGCUACUGUUCUUUAUUGUGAAUGUUGUAACAUUUAAAAAAUGUUUUUGCCAUAGUUUUUUGGGACUCGGUGUUAAAGGAGCCAGUGGUCUCUCUUGGGUAGGGUAUUAUAAUGAGUUAUUGUGACCCACAGCUGUGUGGGACCAUAUCACUUGUUAGUAACACAACCUUUAAAGUAACCCAUCUUCCAGUGGAGUUCCUUCAUGUUGCCACUCCUUUUUAAGAACAAACUCAGGCAAGGAGCAUGUUUUUUUGUUCUUUACAAAAUCUAGCAGACUGUGGGUAUUCAUAUUUUAAUUGUCGGGUGACACAUGUUCUUGGUAACUAAGCUCAAAUAUGUCUUUUCCCAUAUAUGUUGCUGAUGAUUGUAAUAAAUGUCAAAGUUCUCCUGUUGCUUCUGUGAGCCACUAUGGGUAUCAGCUUGGGAGUGGCCAUAGAUGACAGCAUUUCCAUGACCUAACUGUAUUUCACCCCCUUUUCCUUCCCUACUGUUCUUGCCCCACCCCAACCAGUUCCUGCUGCUGCUUUUGGCUUCUUAGAGGUGAAGGGCUCAAAACAAGGCUUCUAAGCACGCAGCUAUCUCCGUACAUGAACAAUCUAGCUGGGAAACUGAAAGGACGAGGGCCACCCAAGCUGUCUCCUCUCUUUCUGCCAAUUGUUGCCCGUUUGCUGUGUUGAACUUUGUGUAGAACUUACGCAUCAGACUCCCUUCACUAAUGCUUUUUGCAUGCCUUCUGCUCCCCAGUCCCUGGCUGCCUCUGCACAUCCCGUGAACACUUUGUGCCUGUUUUCUAUGGUUGUGGAGAGUGAAUGAACAAAUCAGUAUGUAGAACAGUUUUCCUCAUGGUAUUGGUCACAGUUAUACUAGUGUUUGUAUUAUUCUAACUAUAUUCUAUAAUUAAAAGUAUAAUUUUUAAAGUCAGCAAACCUGAGAAUUAUUUUAGUAAUCCAGCACUGAUUCAUAUAAUGGCUUUUCAUCAGAUUCAUUAAAAUCGGGCAUGACUGUC